AUGGCUGAGACGUAUGAAGUCUUCGGACAGAUGAAGAUGGGCCCAGGGCAGGCCUGCCCAGAGGAUUUGGUGGACAAGACUGCCAGGGUCAAGUGCGCCGAUGGAGAUGUCUUGGAAGUGCCAGCAGAGGCACUUGCCUUGUCUUUCAGAGCACGAAAGGACCUUCUAGAGAAGGGGUGUGAGGAAGAGUUCGCGGUCCCGUUGAAGAAGAGUGUAGUGCUCAAGCUCAUGGAGUACUUGAAACAUCACACGGGCAAUGCAUACAGUGAAAUCCGGACACCUCUUGCCAGCGACCACUUGGUAGACUGUGGUGCCUCACGCUGGGAUGCCAGCUUUGUUAAUGUGGACAAGGAGAUGCUCUUUGAUCUGACGGUUGCGGCCAGCUACCUUGACAUCCCAGGACUUUGGUUUCUCCUGAGUGCAAAGGCAGCCCUCAUGACCACCAACAAGAGCGCAGACAAGCUCCGCAAGGAGUUCAUGUUGACAAAUGAUUUCUCGGCCACGGAGGAGAAUGACCUGAGACGCAAGUAUGGGGCAGACAUGUCUCAGUUGGCUGCCUCUUCGGUCAUCCGGAACGGGGUGAAGGCAGCAGAGUACAAGGCAGGCAUCAAGCAGCUGGAGGAUGGUUCUUCAACACCGUCGGCUGUGGUGGACACGUCCAGCUGGAAGCAAGCCAUGUGGAGAGCCGCAGUGCUGGAUGACUGGAAGCUCUUGGAACAUGCCCCAGAGCCCGUUAAGAAUGACCGUGGCCUAGUGAAGAGUGCGAUCUUGACCAGCCAGGGUGCAGCUUUGAAGCUGGCAUCAUCAGAGAUGCGAGCAGACGAGGCAUUAGUGCUUGAGGCCACCAGGUACUUCGGCACUGCCUUUGCGGAUGCUGCCCCGGAGCUCCGAAACAACAAAGAUUUCCUUUUGAAGGCUUUGGGCGUGCAUGGCGGUGCCAUGAAAGGGGCCGCAGAUGCCUUGCGGAAGGACAAAUCCUUCAUGCUAGAGGCUGCCAAGGCUGGCAAAGGUGCCGCCCUCCAGGGGGCGGCCAUGGAUCUGCGGGACGACCGCAAUUUGAUCCUGGAGAUGGUCGUGCACGAUGCCGAGGCCUACAAGCAUGCAUCGGAAGACUUGCUCAACGACAAGGACUUGGCGGUUGCGGUGGCCAAGCGCAAUGGGAAGGCGCUGAAGUUCAUGAUUCCCGCUUUCCGAGCUGAUCCAGACGUGGUGCGGGCCGCCAUUGCCAGGGAUCCGCAGGCGGCGCAGUAUGCCCACGCCUCGAGACGGUCAGAAUUGGGCAUGAUCCAAGAGGGCAUUCACGGAGAAGUCCAGAUGCAGGCGGAGCUUGAGAACCAGUUGAAGGCGGCACAGGAAGAGGCAGCACAGACCCUGACGCUUGCCACAACGACUCCUCCCCGGCAGGUGCCUAUGCAAGCUCUUCCGGAAAAGUCCAAGUACACGUGUAUGAAACUUCAGAAGACCGUUGAGUUCACUGCUAUGAGUGUGAUGACUGCAAAUAUGGGACAGUCCAACUAUAUUGCUGCAAACUCAUACCUGGACAAGAUCCCAGCUUUUCGACGUCCCGAAAUCGAUGCUGUUGCCCUCAUGUGGGGAGCUGUGGGUGGAAUCGGGAUGCGUUUCAAGGCCUUUGCCUCUGCAGACUUUCUCAAUGCCACACCUGAGCUCUUGCUCACGAUUGAGGACUCAUGCAAAGUGCUGUGGGUUGCAGCCUGCUCGCUGUUUCCUCCCGAGUGGUGGACUGCAUCCCACAUGGACCAAGUGGGCAGACAGUACUUCAUGACAAAAACUGCGGGUACCAUCCCCUUAGAAGUCUCCACGGACUUUGCGGCAGCCCAGGUCCAAGAUGUGGAUGCAGACAGAAAAGCCCUUCAGGACAUGAGUGAUGUAGACCGGCGGCCAUUGCCAAGCUCAGCUCCUCUUGGCGGCUGGCCUAGCCUUGUGUCGGCGCACGAAGGCGCCAAAAUCAGACUCACAGGGCUUCGUGCAAAGAAUGGCAUGACUGGCACACUGCUCCAGCGCUGCGAGAAUGGUGCCUGGAAGGUGCAGCUGGACGAUGGUUCGAACAAUGCAUUGCUGAGACCAGGCAACUUCGAAGUCAUCGAAGCGGCCAAGGUAGAGGCUGCACAGAAGUCACAGUUCCAAAUGCAUUUCCCAGAGACGCAGGCAGUGCAGGCCUACAAUGCUGCAGCAGUGGCUGAGCGGCAGUGUAAGAUCGAGGAGAAGCGGUCGAAGCUGAAGGAGAAGAUUGCAGCGAAGCGCCAGGCAAUACUUGCAUCGGCCGCGGCGGCGUAA